UAAAAUAUCCGGUGUUUUUUAAUUUUUAUUCAUAUCAUACUUUUCAAGUAAGGUGUAAAUCAUAUUUUUGAUUCAUAAACAAAUAAACAAUGGACUGUAUUCAUAAGUGCAUUGUUAUAAAUAAACAAAUUCUUCAAAAAUGUAUUGACAGUUAGAAAAUGAGACAAUCGAACAGAAUUUGUAAUGGGUUAGAAUGUUAGAUGCAUCUGUUUUAUAAUAAUAAAAAAAAAUAUUUGACAGUCGAAAACAAUAAUAAAACCACAAGUGGGAUUAUGUGCAAAGUGUCUGUGUAUGUGUGACAUUUAAAUUCGGUUGUUACUGCGAUAACGUGUAAUAAAAGUCAGAGACUUGUUUGCCCAAAAUAUUUGCUUGGAGCUUCAAGAGGCUGACAAGAGGUGUUUAAAUAUCUUACAGUUAUUCAAUUGUAUAAAAAGACACAAUUCGGAAAUUCGGAAAAUGCUGAAAAUACGAAAUUUCACUGAAAUCAGCUGUCAAAAUGAUAGAAUGCAAAAUUAGCGGUUAGUUAUAAAUUUACCAGAAUAAUGGUAAACGAUUGUUUAGAGAAGUGAUAUCCAAGUUCUCAACAUGGAUAUAAAUGCAAUUAAUUCGGAAAAAUGGGGAUUCUAUUAAAAUAAAUGAAAUAAAUCAAGUUUUUGCAAAAUUGGAAAAUUUGAAGUUAAAAUGAAUCUUGCGGUUCAUCCGCUCACGGAAAAUCCCACUGCAGCAUGGGACGAAAUAUCUCAGAAGCAAAAAGUUAUUAAAAUUAAUGCAAAAACUCCAAACACAGAGGCGCCGAAUGACAAGCUAAGAGUCGUUUGUAUGAGCGAUACUCAUUCACUGACUCCAUUCAUAAAAUUCGACAUUCCUGCGGGUGAUAUUUUCAUUCACGCUGGUGAUUUUACAAAAUGCGGAAGUCUCGACGAAGUCAUUGAAUUCAACAAAUGGAUCGGAAACUUGCCGCACAAGCAUAAGCUAGUGAUAGCCGGAAAUCAUGAAUUGAGUUUCGACUCCACGUUCACUCAUCCCUUUUCCACCCAAACUAGUGGAGAUCGUCAUAAUCACACGGGAACGAGUAUUUUAGACAAUAUACCUACCUUGGGAAUGUCGAAAGAUGUUUUGGCGGAAGCAAUACAAACACGUAAUGUUAAAGAACAUUUGACAAAUUGUACUUACAUGGAGGAUGAGGAAGUGAUAAUAGAUGGAAUUAAAAUCUACGGAUCUCCUUGGCAACCGGAAUUUUGCAAAUGGGCAUUCAAUGUUCCUCGUGGUGAGCAGUGUCUUUCAAAAUGGGAAAUGAUUCCAUCGGAUACGGAUAUUUUAGUAACUCAUACACCGCCCGUUGGUCACGGUGAUCUUUGUUGCAGUGGAGUACGAGCCGGAUGUGUAGAAUUAUUGACCACAGUUCAAAAUAGGGUGAAACCAAAAUAUCAUGUCUUCGGCCACAUUCACGAGGGAUAUGGAAUAUCGACGGAUGGAAAAAUAAUAUACAUCAAUGCCUCUACUUGUGAUUUAAAUUAUUUACCCAGUAAUCCACCGAUUGUUUUCGACAUAACAUUACCAUCAGGAACAAAGAAAACGUGAACACUGUCCUGAAGGUUUAUUAGAAUUAAUUUUUAAUCAUUUUUUAUAAUUUUGAUAGAAUUUGGAAAAAUGGCGAUUUUUUUACUACUUACUUGAUAAAUUAUCUUCUUAGGAAGUAAUAAUUAAUUUAAAAAAAGAAAUCAUGACACGAUAAUAAUUGAUUGAAUAAUGUGAUAUUUUGAAAGCUUUAAAUUGCAAAUUUGGCUCAAACAGGGAUGUCGAAAGGGAUCAAAUUUGUAAAUAUUGUAUAUUUUUAUUUAUUUAUUUAUUUACUAUAUUAGUGUUUAAUUGAAAUAUUAAUUUAAUAUCUAAAAUUAUUUAAUGUGCGAUAUUAUUUAAUAUGCAAUAUUUUGUAUGCAUUUUUUAAUAUGCAAUAUUUAGUAUGCAUUUUUUAAUAUGCAAUAUUUAAUUGCAAUUUUUAAUAUGCAAUAUUUAAUUGCAAUAUUAUUUAAUAAGCAAUUUUAAAUAAUAGUCAAUAUUAGUCGAAUAUUUCUAAACUCUGAGUCAAUUAAUAUUAUUUUGCUUUAAAUAAUUGUACUUAAGUGGAAUUUAACGACUGAUUCUGUAGACAAAGUUUUUAAAAUUAAUCUUCGAGACGGGUGGUCCAUUUUAAUUUCUCAAACAUUGUUAAACUCCAAACGACCGUCUACCUGGAGAAGAUAAGAUAAUAAUAACCUUUUCUUUAAGAUAAUUAUUAUCCUUCCGAAGGUGAACGGCAAUUAUUUCGAGUCGUAAAACUAUAAUAUAAUUAUAGUUGCACAUUUUAUUCGUAUUGUAACUAAUUUUACCCGAUUUUACAUAGAAUGUAAAAAAGUAAAUUAUUUAUCUAUUUAUUUGUAACGCACAUUUAUUUAAAAAAAAAAUGAUCCCAAUAAUUUAAAAAAUCUUUUUUUUGGCAAUUUUCAAACAGA